AACUGUAUUUAAAACUGAGAGUAAUCCUAUGAACGGAUUAUAGAGCGUCCUUAUCGCCGACAUUAGCAGGUGCGAGCUACUUCAUUCACGUCAUCUUCAAAGGUCAUGACCCAAUAAUAGGUACAUUAUCUACCGGAAGUAACGUAAGGCAAAAUAAUGAAGGCAGCUUUCAUUUUCACAAUUUUCCUCCUUUUUCAUAGCGAACUAAAUGCUCAAGCUCAGCUGUUUUUCCAGAAACUCAGGCAAGCAUCUAAUGGAAGCAGAUGUAAAUCAGAAUCAAUAUCAUGCUUACCCGCCCCGUGGUGUCAUACCGUCACAGACGUAAAUGGCUGUCAUACUUGUGCAUGCGAUAGAAGUUUCCGCUACUCCAGGGAGACAACUAAUGCAGGCCCACUGAGUCCGUUUUCGGCGUCCAUGUUUGGUAAAAAUGGCGGCUUUGGUUUUCCUGGUUUUCCAAGCUUCAGUGGUCAGAUGGGACCGAUGAACCCUAUGGCCGCCAUGUUGGGUACAGGAAAUUCAAUGUCUGGCGCCGGGGGCUCCUUUCCUGGCAUGGGAAAUUCCCCUAUGUCAGGGCAAAUGGGAUUCCCUGGAGGUAUGUCCCCAAUGGGAGGAUUCAUGGGACAAAUGAACCCGAUGUCAGGGGCGUCGCUAGGACUGGCCAAUCAAAAAACGCCUGUUAGUAAUCAGACGUCAUGUGACCCCGCCCCUUAUACAUGUCCAGCCCCGCCCCCUUGGUGUCAGCGCAUUGUUGAUGCAGAGGGAUGUACAAAAUGUCUCUGUGGAAAUGACCUUCAAGCUUAUUUUGACAAACUUCAAGGGGUAACAAAAGAUAUCACAACAGCCACUCCUUCUUCAACUGCCAAUCAAACAAUUACAACUGUGACGUCACGUGUAUCUCCCACAACCGCUUCAACUACAACCACGCCUACCUCAACAAUAGCCCCGCCCCUUGGGAAAGCGUGCUUAGCGAACUUUUUCUGUACGCUGGACUGCCGGACUGGAUACCAAACCGAUUCCACGGGAUGUCCACUGUGUUCUUGUAAUGGGGACGUUGGCAUCGUUACGCAGGGUUCACCGAUUCCGGAUUCGUCUACGACCCAAGUGCCGUUGACUACAUUACCCCUUUCUAUUUCCGAUACACCUGCAGGAAUUAAUGUAGUCUGUCCUGGAAUAUUCGACUGCAUGAAACAAUGUAUGAAUGGUUACCAAGUAGAUGCACAGGGAUGUCCACUUUGUCAAUGUAUUCAAUAAAAUUUUGAACAAAAUUAAAUGAUAUAUUUAUCUGGUCAAU